CAGUCCAGCAGGUGUCAGUGUGUAAUCGCAGAGGCAGAGCAGCAGCGGGGUUGUUGUUUCUCUUAGCCGUUAGCAUAUGAGGCUCCUGUAAAACAUGCCCGUGGCUGUCAUGAUGUCUGAACUUGAUGAUGAAAAGCUGCUGUUGCAGUUUGAAACUCAAGAGUUGGAGGCUCCUGGUGGUAUUGCUACGCCUCAAGUGUAUUCCCAGUUACUAGUUCUAUAUCUCCUGCACAAUGACAUGAAUAAUGCCAGAUACCUUUGGAAACGGAUACCACAUGCAAUCAAAACAGCAAACCCAGAGCUGGCCGCUAUAUGGGCCGUAGGACAGCGUAUCUGGCAGCGAGACUUUCCAGGGAUCUACGCUACUAUUGCUGCUCACCAGUGGUCUGAAAGCAUUCUCCCUGUGAUGGAAGCUUUAAGAGUGACCAUUGACAUGGACAUUCAGCGAACAUCCUCUUUGGUGGGGUCUCCCGGGUCCAUGGAGAGCCUUGAGAAACAGCUAAGUUGCCCAAUUUGUCUGGACAUGUUCACCAAACCAGUGGCGAUUCUGCCCUGUCAGCAUAACCUGUGUCGAGGCUGUGCUAGUGAUCUUUAUGACUCUCGAAACCCUUAUCGUUUCUCUGGUGGUGUAUUCCGGUGCCCUACCUGCCGCUUUGAAGUGGUUCUUGAUCGUCAUGGCGUGCAUGGACUUCAGAGAAAUCUUCUAGUUGAGAACAUAAUUGACAUAUACAAACAGCAGCAGGAAGGUGGAGGUGGAGGUGGAGGCAGCACCACAGAAACGCCAAUAAAACCCAAAAGCUCCAGGGAGCCAAUGUGCCAAGAGCAUGAGGAUGAGAAGAUCAACAUCUACUGCGUGACUCACCAAACUCCCACUUGUUCCAUGUGUAAGGUGUUUGGCCAACAUAAAGACUGUGAGGUGUCACCACUUGCUAGUGUCUAUCAAGCUCAAAAAGGAGAGCUGAGUAAUGCCAUCGAUGCUCUUGUAGCAGUGAAUGGUCGCCUUCAAGCGUUGCUUAACCAGAUGGAGGAGGCCUGCACAGCUGUUCAGGGCAAUGCUCAACGUGCCAAGCAAAGGCUUGGUGAAUGCUUCGAUUCUCUGUAUGCAGCCUUAGAAGAGCGUAAGAGUGCCCUCUUGGAACGUAUAAGCAAGGAACAGGAUGAGAAGAUAUCUGCCCUCAGGAGUCUGGCCAGGCGUUAUGGGGAUCGUCUUCAGGCAGCCACAGAGUUAACAGACACGGCAGUGCAGGCGCUGGAGCAAAGCGGUGCUGCAGAGUUCCUGCUGGCCUCCAAGAACCUGAUCUCCCAGACAAAGGACAUGACGAAGAGUGCACUGGCUGAAGAAAGGCCUGAGCCAGGCUUUGAAAGAAUGGACCAUUUCACUCUGGAUACAGAACAAGUGGAGACUUUGUUGUCCAAGAUGGACUUUGGAGGAGACAAUAAUGAGGAAUUUGAAGAUGCUGAAGAUCAGGAAGAGGAGUGAAUGGGUUGCACUGAAGUGUCUUCGAGGGAAAAUGGGAUGGGAUAAAGGACAAGAAGAUCAAACAAGGACCGUGUCUAUGAGAGGGAAGAGGGUUUAAUGUUUGUAUAUCACUGCUAAGCAGUGUCAGCAUUAAAACUAAUGCCAUUUUUAUACUUUUUAUAAUGUAGUUUCUGUUGUCACUCUAGUAGUUAUCUUCCUACCUUUACAUGUUUUACUCCAGGAAUAGAUCAUUGUAUCAUUUUACAAUAUGUGGUAUGUUCAGUUUACUCCGAUAUGAACUUAAUGCUUUGAUAUUAAAUAAAAUAUUCAAAUGUA